CAUUAUAGAGAUGAUGAAGACGAAGAAAGUUCACUUCAAACCUGAUUCUCCGAUUCAAAUUCCAUCUCCCGAUGGCGAAACCUCACUCGUUUCGAUCAACACCGGAGAGACGUCCAAAUCACAAAUUAUUACAUCUGAAAAGGUCUCAGAUGAUCUUCAAGAAUCGAGCGACUCCAUUGACAGAGAGGGAUUGCUGGAGAAAGUUGAAAUGGAGAAGAAACUAGCUUUGAUUCAAGCUUGGGAAGAAAAUGAAAAAUCCAAAGCAGAGGCCAAGGCAUACAAGAAACUAUCAGGAGUAGGUGCUUGGGAAGUUAGUAAAAGAGCUAUUUUGGAGGUCGAGUUAAGGGUAAUUGAGGAAAAGUAUGAGAAAAUGAAGGCGGAGAAAAUAAAGGAAAUGAACAACAAACAAAUUGAAGUUCAAAAAGCAGCGGAACAGAAGAGGGCUGCGAUCAUAGCCAAAAGAGGUGAAGACGUGGUCAUGGUGGAGGAAUCGGCCGCCAAGUUUCGAGCCUCAGGCUACGUUCCUAAGAGAUUGUUUAGUCGGUUUUGUUAGUUUUAUAUUCUUCGCAACUUUAAUUUAACAUAAUUCAUUGAUAAUAAGUAUUUUUAUUCUGAUAAUGAUAAC